GUGCAACGUCUAUAGAUGCAUUUUCAUUGCGCGAUAAUGCCUGGAAAUCUUUAGCUGCCAUGAGCAGUAGAAGAUUGCAAUUUGGCGCAGUAGUAGUCGAUAAAAAAUUGAUUGUCGCGGGCGGUAGAGACGGUUUGAAAACGUUGAACACGGUGGAAUGCUUCGAUUUCUCCACCCUUACGUGGAGCACUCUACCACCUAUGAACGUUCAUCGUCACGGAUUAGGAGUGGCAGUCUUAGGUGGACCUUUAUAUGCAGUUGGCGGUCACGAUGGUUGGAGUUUUCUUGAUGCAGUAGAGAGGUGGGAUCCGGCAACGCGACAGUGGAGUUCGAUAUGUCCUAUGUCCAUACAAAGGUCUACCGUCGGUGUGGCUGUGUUAAACGAUAA